CCAAUAUCAGAGGCUGCUUGUUUUUCAUCAAGCGACAACAACAUUAUCGGUUUGCAAUUCUCAGAUUGCGUCAUCUUGCCUCUUCUUUAACCCAACAAAAUAUAUUAAAUUUUUUUAGGUCUCUUUUCUAACCAAAGUUAGGAGAUUCAAUGGUUGGAUUUUUUCAAGUCUUUUAAAAAUGUUUAAUGACCAUCAUCAAAUGGCAUUCCGAUUGGAAGAUUCAGAAGGUUUGAAUAGACAACAACCUCAUCAACAGUUCAUGUCCUCGUUCCAAGUUAAUUCUCCAAGUUUUUCCUCUCCGACUCAAAUUAGUCCGUCUACUAAUUCUUUCCUUCAUCCUCAAGAGGUUGUUAAUAUUCCAUUAUUUGAUGCCAAUACUCAGGAAACUAAUGGAACAAAUCAACCAAAUGUUGAGAAGAAGGUAAAGAAGAAGAAAUCAAUUCAAUCCUUACCUCAACUUUCCACUACCACUGAAAGUACAGAGGCUCAACUGUCUCCUAUGGCAUGUCAACAUUGCAGGUCUUUGCAUAAAAAGUGUGAUAGAACUUUACCAAAUUGUUUGAGAUGUCUCCAAACAAAUCACCUAUGUUUUUACCCGGAUAAAAAGAGGAAAAAAUCGGAAAGUUUAGACAGUUUGGAUUCACAACAUAAAUCACCAACAGGUACUCAACCACACCAAGAACCAAAGAAGAAAAAGAAGUCAAAUGAACAACAACAUCAUAAUAGCAACAACCAAAUGAAUAACAAUCCAAUGAUUAAUCAACUAUUUGGUCAAUUGGGUGGACAUGUGAAUAACCAAAUGAAUAAUCAAGCAAACAAUCAGAUGAAUAAUCAACAAUCUCAAAUGAAUAUUACAGCCGAUAAUUUUUCCCAAAACCUUCAACAAUUAGCCCAAAAUAUGGGUCUAGGAUUGGGUCACGACAUGAAUGAGGCAAACCCUAUGAAUCCUCUGUCCUUAGGUUUACUUUCCUCCAAAAUAUCUUCACUCAAUACUUCCACUCAGUUGCAAUUGCUCAACAUGGCAGCUAAUGCCUUGUCAGGCAAUACCAACUCUCUUAAUAACCUCAUUUCAAAUAUACCAGCAGGAAUAUUGUCGGCAUUCACUGGUGGGGCAAGACAAACCCCAAAUGUGGAAUCUGUUACUCCUCUUGUAGCCGUUCAAAAUUCUGCUGGUCAUUUCCAACAUUCUGUUAAACCAAUUACGGCAUUUGUAUUGGAUAUUUAUUUCCAUACUUAUAGUUUUGGAUUCCCGUUGAUUCCAAAAGAGAGAAUGUCAGCCCUAUUGGAUUUGGUGCUGUUAAAACAACAACAGCAAUUAUCAUCUACAGUUGAGAUGCAACAACAUUGCUCUAUUCAAAUCAAGACAUUCUAUGAAAGAGUUGCCAAGCAGUUCUGGUCUUCAGCUGUUGAUAUGGAGAAGGAUCUUGCAGUAUUUUUUGCAGUGUUAGCAGCAACACUUCAAUGUUCUGGAAACUUUGUCUAUCAACAGUACAAGAAUUGUGCAAACCAUUUGGAUUUAAUUUCAUCUGCAGGAGCUGCAAUUAAUCUUCACCAAAUUGGUUCACAAUACGAAUCUCCAUUGGAAAAUACUAUGGGAGGUAGUUCUAUAAAUGGUACAGACUCACCACAUGAUGAUUUAUUCAUUCAAGACCUUAAGAAUAAGUGGUUCAACAAUUCAAAGAAUAUCAUUGGUAAAUAUUUCGACGAUUUGGACAGCAUGUCAAUUCCUAUUGCUCUUACAUUUUUGGUUUACUAUCUUGUUGGUGAAGGUGAGCUUCAAAGAGCCAGAAUGUACACGAAUAUGGUUGAAAACUUGUGUCAAAAAGUAUGGAGUUCAAUGAAUUGUUUUGGUAUUGGCUCUAGAGGUUUUGUAAAUGGCUCCAAACCAGUUGUGAGUACACUCUCCAAAAUAUCUGGUUCUGGAGGUGCUUCCAGUAUCAUGUACGGCUUACCUGCCCUUCUUGUUCACAGGUAUUUAAGACCUAUUGAAAUCUUUUUGGCCGAAUUUGAGGAACCAACAAAUUCACUAAAAAGAAAGCUGCAAAACAUUGGAAAUAAGAUUAGAAUAGAUUUGACAUUUAUUGAAGACUGGGAAAAUAUUAAGGAUCAUGAAUUGGAAGAAUUAGAAAGAUUAAUCAAAUUCCUAAACAAGUAUAUUGAUUUGCUAUUCUCUACCAUGAUGAAUAAGGAAUCAAUGUUAUACAUUACAAGCCAUUUAACCUUCCAUGAUGUUGUUAUGGAUGUUUAUAAGCGUGCACAAACAAAGAAUGUAGAUUCACUCCUCAGAUUUGCUGCAGAGGUUAUUGAAAUAACUAAAAUCCCUCUAUUCACCUUCCUUCCAACAGCCUUCAUCAAUACUAUAAUGAAGGCCGUGCAAGUUAGACUUGCCUAUGGGAAGCCUUCAGAAAAUCCAAAUAUCAAUUUGAGAGAUGACAUGGCAGCCCUCAAACUUCUCUCAGCUAAAUAUCCAGUCAUUACCAAACUCUUCGGUGAUACUAUAAGAGAAGUAGAAACAGUUCUCUAUCUUCAAUCCUUUUCUCAUUCUAGUAUUAUGCGUCAUAUUUUACCAGAGCAACCUUACACUCAAACUACCACAAACAAUAACAGCAAUUCCUCAGAGUUUGAUUUUGAAGAUAAUAAUUUUGAUAUUUUGAACUUUUUGAAUGGUGAACCAUCACACGGAAUGUCUGGCGUGUCUGGAAUGAAUUUUGAUGAUGAAUUGAUUGGAGAAAUCUUUGGCUUUUCAAACUUGGACAAUGAGAGUACAACUUCGAAUACCAGUUGCGAAUCCAUUUUCAUUGAUGGAGAAAAACUUGAAAUUCCUUCAUGUGUUAAAUCAGGUUCUUUCCUACCAAUUCUGAUUAAAAAUCUUAGUAAGCAAAAAGAAGUUUUGCUUCAAAAUGAUCCAAACAAAUCAGAGAUAAUCAAAAUGUUGAGAACUCAACUCAUUGAUGAACUCACACAACAUGUAGGAACUGAUGAAAAUACCAAGCUACUCAUUCAAUUAUUUACAAAGAGUUACGUACACAAGUAA